AUCGAUAGUGCUCCGAUGUAUUGCCACCACUAAUUCACAAAGCAUCUACACAUAAGUUUCAUUUUUUUCCGUUAAGUGUAAUCAUUAUUUAUUUUUUAAGUGUGCAUUCAAUAAGAAAAUGUCAUCGCGAAGAUGGUUCCACCCAACGAUAUCUGGCAUCGAAGCUGAGAAACUGCUGCAGGAGCAGGGAUUCGACGGCUCCUUCCUCGCCCGCCUCUCCUCCUCGAAUCCGGGCGCCUUCACGCUCUCCGUGCGCCGCGGCAACGAGGUGACCCACAUCAAAAUCCAAAACAAUGGCGACUUCUUUGAUCUCUACGGCGGUGAAAAGUUUGCCACACUGCCGGAACUGGUACAAUACUACAUGGAGAAUGGCGAGCUGAAAGAGAAGAACGGCCAGGCCAUCGAGCUGAAACAGCCGCUGAUCUGUGCCGAGCCCACCACGGAAAGAUGGUUUCAUGGCAAUCUUUCCGGCAAGGAAGCGGAAAAAUUGAUCCUGGAGCGGGGCAAGAAUGGUUCGUUUCUCGUCCGUGAAUCUCAGAGCAAGCCCGGUGAUUUCGUUCUAUCCGUUCGAACGGAUGACAAAGUAACGCAUGUCAUGAUCCGAUGGCAGGAUAAGAAGUACGACGUUGGAGGCGGCGAAUCAUUUGGAACAUUGUCGGAGCUGAUCGAGCACUACAAACGUAAUCCCAUGGUGGAGACGUGCGGCACGGUGGUGCAUCUGCGACAGCCGUUCAAUGCCACCCGGAUAACGGCGGCAGGUAUCAACGCUCGUGUAGAGCAGCUGGUCAAGGGCGGUUUCUGGGAGGAGUUUGAGUCACUGCAGCAGGAUAGCCGGGAUACAUUCUCGCGGAACGAGGGCUACAAGACGGAGAACCGCCUGAAGAAUCGUUACCGCAACAUUUUGCCAUAUGACCACACGCGCGUCAAACUGCUGGAUGUGGACCAUGGCGUUGCCGGAGCAGAGUACAUCAAUGCCAACUACAUCCGUUUGCCCACCGACGGCGAUCUGUACAACAUGAGCAGCUCGUCGGAGAGCCUAAACAGCUCGGUGCCAUCGUGCCCGGCCUGCACCGCGGCCCAGACACAGCGGAACUGCCCCAACUGCCAGCUGCUGAACAAGACCUGCGUGCAGUGUGCCGUGAAGAGCGCCACGCUUCCGUACAGCAACUGUGCCACCUGCAGCCGCAAAUCGGACUCGCUGAGCAAGCACAAACGCACCGAGUCCUCGGCCUCGUCCUCGCCCUCCACGGGUUCCUUGGCCAAUGGCCAUACAGGCCCUGGAACUCCCACCAGCCUCUCGGGUCUCUCCGGCAUCUCUGGAGUGUCGGGUGCCUCCGGCUGUCUAGCUGGAUUGCUAAAGAAACACUCGGGUGAGACGCCCUACGGUUCCGGCGGAGCCCUUUCCAUGGCGGAGCGAGAGCGGGAACGGGAACGCGAGAUGUUCAAAACGUACAUCGCCACCCAGGGCUGUCUGCUCACGCAGCAGGUGAACACCGUCACGGACUUCUGGAACAUGGUCUGGCAGGAGAACACUCGAGUCAUUGUGAUGACCACGAAGGAGUACGAGCGUGGCAAGGAGAAGUGCGCCCGCUACUGGCCCGACGAGGGCAAGACGGAGCAUUUCGGGCCGGCGCGCAUUCAGUGCGUCUCGGAGAACUCCACCAGCGAUUAUACGCUGCGUGAGUUCCUCGUCUCGUGGCGGGAGCAGCCGGCGCGCCGCAUCUACCACUACCACUUCCAGGUGUGGCCCGACCACGGCGUACCCGCCGAUCCCGGCUGCGUGCUCAACUUCCUGCAGGACGUGAAUACGCGCCAGGGCAACCUGGCCCAGGCGGGCGAGAAGCCGGGCCCCAUCUGUGUGCACUGCUCGGCGGGCAUUGGACGCACUGGCACCUUCAUCGUGAUCGACAUGAUCCUCGAUCAGAUCGUCCGCAAUGGAUUGGACACUGAAAUCGACAUCCAGCGCACCAUCCAGAUGGUGAGGUCGCAGCGCUCCGGUCUCGUCCAGACGGAAGCGCAGUACAAGUUCGUUUACUAUGCGGUGCAGCACUACAUCCAGACACUGAUCGCCAGAAAGCGGGCCGAAGAGCAGAGCCUACAGGUUGGCCGCGAGUACACCAACAUCAAGUACACCGGCGAGAUUGGCAAUGAUUCACAAAGAUCUCCAUUACCACCAGCAAUUUCUAGCAUAAGUAUAGCAUCGAGUAAGGCACCGUCUACGCCGGGCAGCCAGGACUCGGGCAUUUCGAUGGCCAUGGGCUUUGGGAUACCCGGAACGGGUGGCGGUGGCAACAAGCAUGCCUCCAAGCAGCAGCCACCGCUGCCGACUAGUGCCAGCAGCUCUAGCAAUAAUAAUAAUGCAGCUGGUGGAGCUAACAGCAUCAACGGCACCAAGCAAGACUACAGCAGCGGCAGCAGCAGCAGCAACAGCAUCAGCAUCAGCAACGGGAGCAACAGCAAUGGGAGCAGCAGCGGCCACAGCAAUGGUAACGUCAAUGCCCUGCAGGGCGGAAUCGGUUUGGGGCUGGGCAAUAUGCGCAAGUCGAACUUUUACAGCGACUCGCUGAAGCAGCAGCGGGAACAGCAGCGCGAGGAGCAGGCAGCUGCUCCUGCUCCGGGAGCAGCAAAAUACAAAAACAUUCCCAAAGACAUGAUCGGCCAGCGCCAGUCGAGCCAUGCAACCACCUCCCCACAAGCAGCAGCUGCUGUUGCAACAGCAGCCACUGCAGUGGUCGCUGCGCCGCCACCGACACCGCCGCGCAAAACAUGACAAAUGAAUUUCUAAGUCGAUAAAUCAGUACAGAACACAGACACAGAACACAAUGCCGAGAUGCUGCGAAAUGCUUCAAAAGCCGGCAAAAUAAUCGCAUCCACUUGCACUUGACAACUCCCGACAAACAAAGAGCAAAAAAGCAAAAGCGAAAGCAAACCCACACGCACACAGACAACGAAUGGUUUUCAUUUAUUGCAACCCGAAACCCAGCUCCAAACCCAAAACCCAAGCUCCCGAUUUUUACUGUUGUACGUACGUCCCCUUAAUUCUUUUUUUUAUUAUUAUUAAUUGUAAAACUUUAUUCUAUAUAU